AUGACGACCAACGAGCCCCUCCCAGCACACCUGGACCCAAACACCUACCCACGCACCCACCACGACGCAGCCCAAAACAUCCAUGUAACGCUAACGUAUGAUGUCCUCGACGCCAACGCCUCGUUAUCACAAACCUCCUCCCCCGCAGCGGGCGCAAACAUCCUCUUUCUCGGAACGACACGCGAUACCUUCGAAGGCCGCUCUGUUUCACAGCUCAGCUACACUACAUACCCACCUCUCGCACUCAAGACGCUAGCGAAGAUCGCGGAGGAGGCUAUCCGAACACAUAAGCUUGAGGGCGUGAGCAUUUCACACCGAUUGGGGGUUGUGCCUAUUGGAGAGGCUUCAAUUGCUAUUGCUGUUAGCUCGGGUCAUCGUGGAGCGGCGUGGAGGGCUGGCGAGGAGGUGCUAGAGGCUUGUAAAGAGAAGGCGGAGAUUUGGAAGAGGGAGGAAUUCGUGGAUGGCGGGAUGGAAUGGAGGGCUAAUGCCGACAGAGAUGCUGAGGGGAAACCUUUGAAGAAAGAUGAGGCAUGA